AUGGCUUCCACUCUCAACUCGACGCCGGCUGCGAACAGCUCAGGCAAUCCCAACAAUCCCUCUCAGAAUCCUGGAAGAUCAACUCUCAGAUCAAGCGCCAACUCCAAGGCAGACGGCCGCCGACAAUCUGGCAGCCCUGGUGACGCUGGUCAACGACGCUCCAACUCCCACAAGGCCUGGUCUCAAGGGACGAACCCCAUCACCCAACGCUCCACACACGCCUCAUCAAACGGAAACAUGGCGCAGAAGCAAUCUGGUUCCCCUCGCCCGGGCCAGAAGGAAUCCAACACUUUCGAUAACCAUGCGCACGACCGAUUGGUUUUCUUGUUUGCCACUUUCAUUGGUCUGCAUACCACAAUUACUACGAAGAAUGGAGACAAAUAUACCGGCAUUUUCUCUUCCUCAACUCUCGAGGCCAGCGAUUCUUCCUUCCUCUUGAAGAUGGUGCAGCGUACCUCUCAGGAAAACCAGCCCAAGUCCAACGGCGUGAGCGAUGUGACAACUCCGUAUCUUGGAGCUGCCCCGGAACACAGCAUGGCAUUUGAUGUGAAGGACAUCGCAGACAUUUCAGUCCCCAAUGUAUCACCGGCAGAAGUGUCGGCGAAAGAAACAAAUGGGGCAGCCAAAUUCAGAACCGAUGCUGAUAUCUCGGGUAACCUGGCAAUGCGGGAGCGCACCUUGCAACGCUGGGAACCCGCUGAACACGAAGCCGAUAUGUCUCUGGAUAGCUCGAUGGGACACACCGCUGGAUGGGACCAGUUCGCAGCGAACGAGAAGCUAUUCGGCGCGAAGACUGACUACGACGAAAACAUUUACACAACUUCGCUUGAUCGCAGCUCUCCUGCUUAUCGUCAACAGGCGGCUUCGGCAGCCAAGAUUGCUGCGGAAAUUGAGGGCACCAGUGCCGACAACCCUCACAUGCGUGAGGAGAGAGGUCAAGUCGCGCCCGACACCGGUGAUCAGGAUGAAGAGGAUAAGUACAGUGGUGUUCGUCGUGAGAAUAAGAUCUUCCCUCCUCUCCUCUCCGGGCAGCCAAACAAAUACACCCCACCUGGGCGCCGACAAGCUGGAGCGCCUCCAGCUGCUGCCCAGAAACCAGCUACUCCGGCCGCUUCGGCUGCUACUCCUUCUCCUUCUACUGUUCAGCCACCCGUGACCGAGAGUGCUCCAAAGGACCAAGUAUCAACUCAAUCAGCUGCCAGCGCUGGAACUGAGCAGAAGUCCACUUCUGCCAAGAUUAGCUCCGACGCCCCUGGCACCUCUGUGAAGCAACGUACUGUUCCGGAAAAUGUCACGGCUAACGUCGAAACCGAAGUGCUGGAUCACUUCCGCCAAUUUGCCAACAGUGAGAAGAUUAAAAUGCAGGAACGCCGUCGCAACCAAGCCAGCUAUGACCGAACUCUCAAGCUCAAUGAGUUGAUGAAGUUCUCCCAGAACUUCAAGCUGCACACCCCUGUUCCCAAGGACUUGGUUCCCAUUCUAGCCAAGGAUCGCACCAAGCAAGAAUCCAUCAUUAAUCGUGUAUCCGAGGACAAGACCAGCCCGAAGAUCUCUUCUCCACCCGUCGAGCAGAAGCCACAAGCUGGACGAGGCGGCCCCACUGGAGCUGUGCCCCCAGCCGCUCCCGCAGAUCGCCAAAAUGCAUUCCCCGGAACCGCCAAGUGUCGAUUCCCUCAGCAGCCCAUGCAGCCCGGUCGUCCUAGUGCCGGUAUGCUCAGCCAUCGCUUAGCGGAUAACCUUCAGCAGCGCAAGGGUGCAGGCAUGGGCCCGGUUCCCACACCUCUACCAAUUCAAGAUGCUCGUGGCCCACCUACCGGCCCUGCAAAUGAGCAGCCUCGAAUCACUAGCCCUGUCAAGAGCCAGGCUCCCACAUCUUCUCUCGCUUCCAAAUUCAAUGUCCGGGCGAUGGAGUUCAAGCCCAAUCCUGCGGCGAGCACCUUCACCCCGGGUGGCCCUCCCAGCGCCGCUCCUGCUGGUCCUGCGAGCAGCACCAACGCAGCUGCCGCCAGUCCUCGACCAUUCUCGCGCAAUCGAUCGGGCUCUCGUGCGACAACUCCAUCUGCAUUCUUCGGCAACAAGAAGCCUCUGCCCAUCUCCGAAAGACCUUCGAUUGAUAACCAGUUCAAUCCGAUCAAACGCAUGAAGAAGGAGAGCAGUGAUUCUACAGAGAAGUCCUACGCAUUCAACGGGAGUAUCCCCCCUCCUUACAAGACGCUCCCAACAUGGGAUCACCCAGACGCGAACCAGGACAAGACUUUUGACCAGAUGUUCAAGCACCCCGGUGGCAUCCAGUCGGUUUCGCCCCAAGGACGGUCCGCCUCGAACAAUCCCCAUCUGCCUCAACAACACUCGAUGCCCUUCCAUCCAGGUAUGGCUCCUGCUUCGGGUCCCCCUAACGGACCCCACCUCCAUCAAGGCCCACAUGGCCCCGCGUCUGGCCACAUGGACGAUCAGCAUCGCAUGCAGAUCUCCGCGUCGUCGUCCCAGGUCUUCCCGUCCCCUCGGAUGCAGCAGAGCGGCAUGGGAUAUCCAUCCCCUAUGGGUCCCCAUGCCCAAAUGGCAUUUGGACAGCCGGUGCCGGGAUUCUACGGUGCCCCUCAGCCUGGCCACCUACCUCGAUACCAAGGUGGACCCCAAUUCAUGAACUCAGGCGUCGCUAUGGGAGGAGCCCCAAUGAUGCAGCAACCUUCCAAUGGUCCCUACAUGGGCGUUCCCCAGGGGAUGUCGCCCUAUAACCCACAGAUGCCGAUGUACUCACCAUCCCCAGGUCACGCUUACCCCCAGCAUGCUCCUCUCCCCACAGCCACACAGCGGUUAUCCCAGCCCAAGCCGUGGCGCGCCCAUGAUGAUGCAUCAAAACUCGCAGUCCGGCCAACCUCCGCAGAUGAUGUUUAUGCCGUCCGUGAGUUCAUCUUUCGCCCUAUCUGGGUUCACGCGGCUUACCCAACCAUCUCAGUGCCCCCAGGUCGUGGCGGUUACGCCCAGCAGCAACCUCACUUUUCCUCCAGUCCACACCAGCCGCAUCACUUCCCUCCGAACCAGCACCGAACCCCCAGCAAUGGAUUUAACCAGGUUCCUCAAAUGGCCCCUCAAAUGGCCAACAAUGCGGGUGCCAACGCUGCUGCUGGCUCACACUCUGCGGAGCCAACGGACGAGGGCAAAUGA